GGCGGGUGGCGAGAGGAGAGCAUCGUAGAGAGAGAGAGAGAGAGAGAGAGAGGAGGAGAGCGACUUACUGGCAGAUAGAGAGAGGGAGAGAGAGAGUGAGACAGAGGGAGAUAUUAAAGCUGAAACUUCUCUACAGACGCUCCUGUGCAGACCCGUCCAUGCGCGAGCCGGGCGCUGCUCCGCGGCAGAGCCCGCAGGGAGUCCCCUACACCGACCUGCAGCACAUCAUCAACGCCGACGGACUGCACCUGUUCUGCCGCUACUGGGAGCCCGCCGGUCCGCCCAGGGCCCUGGUGCUGAUCGUCCAUGGAGCAGGGGAACACUGUGGGCCGUACGAUGAGAUCGCUCAGAGACUGAAGGAGCUGUCCCUGCUGGUGUUUGCACAUGACCACGUGGGCCACGGUCAGAGCGAAGGAGACAGGAUGAACAUCAAAGACUUCCAGAUUUACAUCAGAGACGCUCUGCAGCACGUUGACCUGAUGAAGUCCCGACAUCCUGACCUGCCGAUCUUCAUCGUGGGCCACUCCAUGGGUGGAGCCAUCUCGAUCCUGACAGCCUGCGAAAGGCCUGCUGACUUCGCCGGAGUGGUUCUGAUUGCGCCGCUGGUCCAGAUGAACCCAGAAGCAGCCACUCCAUUCAAGGUUUUUCUGGCGAAGAUCCUGAACCACAUGCUGCCCAGCCUCAGUUUGGGCGCCAUCCAGUCCAAGUGGGUCUCACGGGACCAGAAGCAGGUGGAGGCCUAUGAGAACGACGAGCUGAACUUCCACGGUGGGUUGCGGGUGUCGUUUGGCAUGCAGCUGAUGUCGGCGGCUUCGCGCAUCGAGAAGGAGAUCCCGACCAUCAGCUGGCCCUUCUUCCUCCUGCACGGCGACGCCGACCGGCUCUGCGACAUCAAAGGAUCCAGGCUGAUGUAUGAGAACGCUUCCAGCACGGACAAAAAGCUCAAGGUCUACGAAGGAGGCUAUCACGCUCUUCACCACGACCUUCCAGAGGUGGCCGAGUCCGUGCUGAAGGAGGUGACCGGCUGGAUCACAGAGCACCUUCCUCCUGCUCCUCCUCCUCCCACACAACAGCAAGGCUCAUCCUAAGAGGCCUGCUCACUCCCUUGUAGUCUGCCGGGCGUAACAAUACUACUGCACUCUUCUGGGUGAUAACUUUGGGCAUAUAAAGGAAGAUUAUACUGUCUAUAACCUUUAUCCUCUGGGCACAUACUGUACAAAAAAAGACUCCGCCUUUCUUCUUUUGUGCACCUAUCAAUCUGACCAGGGAUUUAAAUUGGAUGAUGGGAUCAGAAACCUUUUUGUAUUGUAUAUACACCGUUUUGAAUCAGGGGGUGUGCCUCAUGUUAUCUAGCCAGUGGGCUUAUUUGAUCACUUUAUCAUGAACCUUUUACUACACAAGUGCAGCCAACUGUAGUUGAAGUCACAGUUUGCUCGGGUUUAAAGUGCAAUAAUGAGAUUUUUAUCUUUUCAUGUCUAACGAACAGGACAGAUCUUUUAAAUAAUCAUGGAGAAGAUGACAUGGUGCAUUAUUUAUCUGUAAAGGAGCGUUCACAGACAGGUCAGCGUUUAGCCGGACACCGCCACUCAGGAGAAGCUGUCAUCUCACAAACGUAAUCCUCCCAGUUCAACUGAUCUCCCUCACCUCUCCUGCUUCUUUCCUUUAUUACAAAUCACACAAAUCACUUAUUUCUAAAACAGCAUAACAAAUAGAAGCCGUCAAACAAGUUAGUUAGUUGUACAGCACCUCAGUUUUUUUAUAAUUCUACAAUUGGUUGUGUUCUCUGGUGUGAUUUCAGCGUGAAAUUAGAAAUCAAGCGAUUUAGUGUUUCUCUGAAAUAGGAAAAACUGAGGCGCUCUUCAGCAGCCAGCUGAUCAUAUAAAUGCUUCGUCUCCACCAGCCUCUAAAACUCCAAAGGAUGAGCCAAAUUAACCAGGUGAAGCUUUACUGUCUCGCUCUGUGUAGGUGGGAAUUAGAGGAAGAGGUCAAAGGUCAAUGGGCUUCUCCUCUCUGCGACCUCUGACCUCUAAAGCCGCUAUUGACUUCACAGUCAUUCUUCAGGGCCACACCUUCAUUAGGUUCAGAGCAAAGGGCCCAGCUGGAACGCGAGGGGGAAACAUCAAUCUGUCUCUGCAGACAAAAGAGUCCUUUGUCAGUGUUCAGUCAGCAUCUGUCGUCUGGCAAAUGCUCUUAUCCUCAAGGUAUUUAACUGCCUUUAUUAGAGGCAUGAGUGUGGAACUAUUGUAGUGGCAAAAUAACUAGUGUGCUGUCCUCAAACUGAUCUGAUCGGGCAGAUUGUUGUCUGUGAACCAAAAUGUGCACAUGUGCAAUUGGACUUAUAUGUGCAUUAUACAGUUUUUCUAUGUGUGUGCAUGCUGAGAUUUAUGAAUUUAAUGACCUGUAAAUGUCCUCUCCUCUCACUCAGCUGUAUUUUUUUUUUCGCAAGUUAAUUUUUGACAGUGUUUUUUUCAAAAGCGCAAUUCUAUUUUCCCAUAAAAAGGAUUUACAGUGUUUUACAGCUAAGUAACAAUGCAGUAAAGCUCAAUGUUUACAAUAGUUCUAGACAAAUAUGAACAAAGUCUGGCUGUGUAAAAGUCUUCUCUGUGGUGGAGGUCACAGCAGAGACAUUUACAGGUCCCACGAAUCUUAUGAAAGCAUGUGUAUGCACAAACUAAUCUCCUUCUUGGCUUCUGCUAAACAUCACACACAUGCAACCAUCAAUAUGCAUGCACAAAAUCAAAACACAUACUCUCUACACAGCUAUGGCAUUUUGAUACCAUAAUAGCUCUGAUACAUGAUUUGUAAUCAAAUGAACACCAGAAAGCAGCAAUUGUCUCUCUGCUUUUCCUUGCUUGGUCAACAAACUUUCAUUUUAGAUUGCUAAAAAUAACCAUAAUAAAAUCAUAAAGUAGACUUCACAGCUUGAUAGUUCCCAGUUGAUAACGUUACUUAUUUGUUCUAAAUCCCACCCAUUCAGAGUAGAUGAAAUUGUCCUUCACUUCCUUUUUUUUGUGUGUGAUGCAGUGAAGCCAUUCUUGAAAUCAUGUUUGGCCUCGUCCAGGAUCUGUCUUCAUCCAGACCACAGCAAUAAUGUCACAGUAGCUUAUAUUUUUGGUAGCUGGUUCAUUAUAAGCUAGACAGAUGCACACUGAGCUCACUACUGUGUAUUGUCAGGUGGACUGUAAUUAGCAGCUGACGCAACGUGCACUUUUUCAACAAGCAGAAGAUGGUUUCAGGAGCACAAGUCGUGGCAUCGAACAGAAAAAAAAGGGAUCCGUUUGUUUACUUCAGGGUCGUACGUCAGUGAAAACACAUCCACCGAUUCAGCAGUGCCAUCCUCCUUCUAUUAUUGGUUGGCCUUUUUUUCUUCUUCUUCUCCUUCAUCACCCCGACUUUAAAGAGACCCAUGCAGAGAGUGUCGAGGAAGCGUACUGUGGUCUCCACGGUGACCAUUACUCAUGUGUAAGCACAGCGGUGGUCCAGCAGCAGGGUGGAUUUUCACAUUUUCUGUAACCAAGGUGAUCACUUGCAGGACUUGUUAGAAUGAGAUGAAUUCCUUUCCCUGUCUGUGGCGUCUAACGUUCUGUCUGGACUCUCUGUCCCAUCCUGUCUCACCUCGUGUCACCCUGUUCCACCCCCCGGUUAUUCUGUCCAUUACACAGGGCCCUGUUUGACUGCGUGUGAUAACAUUUAGUAUUAUCAGCCAUCCACACUGCCCCGCAUGGACAAAUAUGACAGCAGCAACAGGUUCCUGCAGGAAUGCUACACCUUCCUCCGCAAAUGGAAAUGAGAAAUAUGUUUGCUAAUUUUAAAGAAAAGAAGAAAAAAAAAGGAAUAACGACAUGUAUCUAAAUUGAGUUCAUUAAAUCAACACAUCCAUUUCACAUUAUUCAUUCAAUGAUGCAGGGCAGAUGGAAUCACAUGUGAAACUAAAAAAUGUUUUCCAGAAAAGGCAUGAAAACCACCAGUUCUCCAAAUCUGGGUUAUCACAUGCAAUAUAAUUCCACUGACUUUGGUUCCGCUCAGCUGGAAGCUGUAUCUCAUGACCUUAUCCAGCUGUGUUGGAAAACAAAAAUUAAUUCAUUGUGAUUAUGGAAAAAAACUGUUCGUGACAACUUCACUGAGUUCUGAGAGUUUUCCGUGGAACAAAUGGCAGGAACCUCAGGAUGUGCGUGCAUCCUCUGCUCUCAUUUCAAAGGCAGCUCCUAUUUUGUUAGAACAAAUAUCAGAUUACACUCCCAUGGGUGCAGACACUGAUGGAGAAGUAAUGUAUUCAUCAGGCCCCAGUGGGAGACAGACCCUUAACCUCAGCCAGAACUGCACUUUUGUUUUUUUUUUUGUUUUUUUGUACCACAAGCACUUCAAACACAAUCUCCUCCUGAUUAGGCUGCAGCAGGCGAGGAGCGCACAAAGGCUGCACAGUCCCAGUUGUAUUCAGAUUCUUAAUAGCACCCCUGCUGCACCGCAUCAGCACAAUGGCUCCAGCCUCGCAGGGUCCCGUGUACCGCUACAUUUUCAAAAAGCUCUACCUGUCAGACUACAUGAGUGGAUAUUACUGCUGUCAUUAGCUAUGGGGGUGGAGAGAUGGAGAGGAGAGAAGAGGGAGAGGAAAAGAGGAGAGAAGCUGUCAGUAACCAUGGCAGCACAUUUUCUUUCAGUCUUUUUUUUUUUUCUUUUUUUUUUUUCUUCUGAGAAAUCACCCAGUGAAAAAUGUGUGUUCAUUAAUGCUGGAGGAAGAGUGCCAGACGCUGCUGCGCUCUCGGAGCUGCUUGUCCACUUGCUGCUCGCUCUGAGGAUUCCCUUUUGUGUGAGCAUUGAGAUAAGAAAACAAAUUAUUAGCUUUUUCAGCGAACAGAGAAAUCACAAGAGCAGCACGUGUUCGCACAAUUCCACAAACACUCGACUGAAAACAGCAAAAGCAUCCUUAAAGAGACGUUUUGUUUUAAUUAUGAUUUUGCGUAUUUUCAUUUCCAUUCAUAGAAUUCAAAACUGUUGCUCCAGAUUCAAUUUCUGCUCUCCUUAAAGGUGUGAAAUCAUGCUUCUCAAAGCUGGCCAAUAUCCUCUCCCACUUGCAUGCAUUGUUAUACAAGCUGGGUGCAGGUUUGCUGCCAUAUUGGAAGAUAGCCAUGUACAAAAGCUUAUAAGUCGACUGUUAAGAUUUUUCUCACUUAAUGCGUACAUGCUAUAAGAGAUGAAGGAGAGAAAACAUCAAGGAUAGCUGAAUCCAUCCAAUCUGCAACUUUUAUAGCUAAAGAUUGAUCAGUUGGCUCACUGGUUUAUCAAUGAGGCCAUUGUUUUUUUCUUUAAAUCUUGACUUUAUGACUGUUUCUAAGAAAUUAACUGUUAUAUUAGUGUACUGAGGGGCACAGGCCAAUCUUUCUGUAGUUUUCAGAGAUCAAAGUGCACUAGAAAGGAGUUUUUUUGCGAAAGGCUAAAAAAGAUAUUUAAUUUUUUGUCUUUUUUUUUAUAUACAAACCAUCCACACUAAGAAAGUGUUACUGAAGGACGAGCUAAGUUUAGAAAAUGCCGAAGUCAUUUUCACAAAGAUGAAGUUGCAUUUUCGAAGAAAGCCACAGCUCAGACCAUGGCGGUGUUACUGAAUGAUUCAUUCCUGAACUUAAUUUUAAAACACUGUACAAAAUUGAUCAAAACAUUUAAAACACACACACACACACACACACACACACACACACACACAAACACACAUGCAUUCUGUCUUACAUGUCUUCUAUUUGUCUUGUCUAGACUAUUUAUAGAAAUUAAUUUUACAUAUAGGCUUAUAUAUAUAUUGUAUACAGAUCAUGAGAAGGCACUUUUUAUACUGCAAGCUCGUCACUCAUGCUGUUGCUCAGCCGUCGAAGGCUCAAUAACACUCUGUUUCGAUGGAAUCUGCUCGACGAUUGUCCAUAUGUACAGUCAGCAGUCCCACAUAUACGACAAUGUUUCUGAUGAGAUUCUACAAUGAAGAAACUUACUGAUGUGUGCCUGAAAUGAAUGUCUUGAACAAAAAAAAAAAUUGUUGCAGAAACCUGAACGUUUCUAAUGUUAAAUGUAUAUUUUUUAACUAGAUCAUAAUAGUCGGGACGUGUUACUGUCACGGGUUUGUUAUCAUGUGAUUGUGGGUUUUGUUUUUUGUUUUUUUUUGGGGAACUCAGUUUGACUUAAAUAUUUGAGGUAAAACUUCUUAAAUAUCUUCAGAACAAAUAGAUUCAUUUAAUGUAUCUCCAUUAGUCUUGAAGCACAUACAGUGAGUCGUCUUCUAAGGUUCUCUCAUUUAACAGCGCAUUGAGACUCGAAGUAGCUAAGUGCACUAUAUUAAAGAAAAAAAAAGGUUGAUUACCAUUCCCUAUAUAUAAAGUAAAAAAAAAAAAAUCCAUUAGCACCAAAUUUCAAAACUAUCAGGUUUUCAAAAGUAAGAGUAAAAAAAAAAAUAAUUCAG